AUGGCUUCCUCGGGCACCAGCGGCGGCGGCGGCUCCCCGGGGUCGCCGUGUGGGGCGUGCAAGUUCCUGCGGCGCAAGUGCUCGGCGGAGUGCGUGUUCGCUCCCCACUUCUGCGCCGAGGACGGGGCGUCGCAGUUCGCGGCCAUCCACAAGGUGUUCGGCGCCAGCAACGCGGCCAAGCUGCUGCAGCAGGUGGCCCCCGCCGACCGGAGCGAGGCGGCGGCCACCAUCACCUACGAGGCGCAGGCCAGGCUGCGCGACCCCAUCUAUGGCUGCGUCGCCCACAUCUUCGCGCUGCAGCAGCAGGUGGCGAGCUUGCAGAUGCAGGUGCUGCAGGCGAAGGCGCAGGUGGUGCAGACGAUGGCGGCGGCCGCCGGGCCGCAGGGGACGACGGGCAGCAGCCCUCUCCUGCAGCGGUGGCCGCUGGAGCCCGAAUCGCUGUCGACGCAGAGCUCCGGGUGCUACAGCGACAUGUACUGCGGCUUCGGUGACCAGGAGGAAGGCAGCUACACGAGAUGA